CGUCUGUCUCGCUUCACGUUCCGUCUUUAGUUCGCGUCGUUUUCUCCCCGGUUCUUUUUCUGUGGGGGAUUCCUGCGAAUAGGGUGUCCCCGGCCGCCUCUGCUUCUGUGUGCCGUGGCCGCUGCUCCAGUUGGUACCUCGUCCUUUCGCCGCCUCCGAAGUUAGCGCAGUUUGACAGACAAGCUGUUUUGUGAUGUUCUUGCCAAAACUGUUCGUUUCUUUUCUUCCCUUUGCGUCAAGUUCCGUCGCAGACCCGUUGCAUGCUACUCGCGACGUGCCGGGUUUAAUGCUCUGAACGCCGCUGUGCGAUACGCAGUUUUUGCCGUGCUGACUUGUGUUCUUUCCGCUCCACACUAUCAUUCAUUUUUUUCAAAAGUACCUUCCGAAUUCCCACCGUUUAACCACAGCUACUUAAGUCCACAAUCCCCCAGGAGCUGCCGAGUCCCGCGCCUUCAGUAACUCACACGAUGUGCAGGCAGUCCACAUAGCUUUCGGAAGCCUGGUGACGACUUUCUGUCUUUCUGUCCAAAAAACACGCAUGCUUGAUCUGUGCCCAUAUUUCCCCUCGUCUGGACAGCCGUUCAUUCUUUUUUUGCCGCGGCUCGACCGCUUCCAUGCUUCUGCUGCUGCACCGCUCACUGGAAAAGACUCGUUCGGGAGAGCCAGUGGUUGUGUCCCGACUUCCUGUUGCAUGUUCAAAGGGUAAGCGUUCUAGAAACCUCCCCGUCGCCAGGAUCCUUUUGUGUUGUUCUUGGUGUUUUCCGCGACUCCCCGUCCGUUGCAGUCAUACUCGCGCUCAUCCUCGCUCGCGAUUUGCAUGGUAAACUAAACAAACCACCUCGGCGGGGAACGACGGUUUCCCUGGCUCAGACCAAGGCAGGAGCCUGUUGAAGGAAUUUGAGGGUAGAGAGAAGGAUGAAAAGAUUUGCGCCUGUGACCGCGUGAAGAAUUUCUCAAUCUCAAGAUGGAUGAUUUUGAGUUACAACCCCUCGAGCCAGACGACGCCGAGGCCGACGCCUUCAACGACGACACUUUCGGCGACGUCGGAGGAGUCGUCGGUGAUGACUGGAAGCCUGACGCUCGGGCCGUAGGUGCGUUUGAGGCACUGCAUGCAACCAUCCGCGAUCCCCGUCAGGCGGACAAGCGCCACGACGUGGCUUGGGAGUCUCAAGGUGACUUUCCCGCGCAUGCAUCCGCGCCACAUGUAGAUGCGUCCCGCGCGUUUCCUUCUCAAGCUUUCCGUUCCCUCGAGAAGGCAGGGGCUCCGGACGACGGUGGAUUCUGCGGGGGGCCGCUACCCGCCUUCUUCACCGAAGGCGGCUCAGGCCCCCCACCCGGAAACCUCCACCCCCGCGGGUUCUCUCCCAGAGCUCGAGAGUUCCAGGGAAUCGAACAGGAGGUUAGAGAAGAAAACCACCGGGCCCUACACCACCAAGGGCCGAAUCCGCUGGGGAACCCUCUCGGCGGAAGUGUCUCUGCUGCCCUCAGGGGGGACCUCGCGCACGGCCUGCCGCGGCCGGUCCAGCCCCUGCAGGCGAGCGAAUUGGAAAAGCAGCUGCUGCUUCAGCACCACCGUAGCGCAGGAGGGUUCGCGUCCGCGCCCCACGCGCAGACGGCUCGGCGGUCGACGGCCACGGAGCACCUCGACAAGCUGAUUCACCUCAAGAGACAGCAGGCGCAUGCGCAAGUGGGGCCUGGGGGCCGGGACCGCGCCGACGUCUACCCCGCGGGCGCGCCCUUCGCUUACGGGCCCCAAGCGGACCUAGCACCAGCGCCGUUCGGACGGGGCGACGAGGGCCGAGAAGGCCCGGCUGCAGGUCUUGCGGGCGGGCCGAGCCAAAGGCACGUGGAUCCAAAGGCGCAGUUCCUGUCUUCGAAAGGGCUGUUCCCCCCGGGAAACCCCCUAGCUUCUGGGCCUAUACCUUCCGUCCACAGAGAAGACGGCGCUGGAAAGGCCCUCGGCCUGGGCGUGAACGAUCCGCGCGCGUUCGCCUGCCUCGCGCAGCCCCCGAGCGAAGAGGACGAGCGCAUGGUUCAAGAUCUGUUGAAGGAUGCGAACGUGACUGCCGCCGCCCUCGCGGCUCUCUCUGCGGCAGAAGCUGCUGUAGCCGCAGCGCGCGCGCAGGGUGGCUCUUCAGGGGCUACACGCGCGUUCGCCCAUGGCUCCGUCGACCUCUCGCACGAUGGCGUUGCGCUCGCGGGUUUCUCUGCAGGGGGACCGCUUCCAGACUUCGAGAAGGCCCGCGGGAUACUCGAGGCGGAGCGCGAGCCGCAGUCCCUCCACCGCCCGCUGCCACAGUUUGGAGGCAGGUCCGCGCCGACGCGGCCGCCUCUCGUGGUGCCGGCUGACGCAGACGUUCUCGAAGUGAUGAAUGUGAAGCCGAGGAAGGGCCCAGGUGUCUCGCCUGCGAAGGAAGCUGCGUCCCGCCGUGAAGAGCCGAGCGACCUUCGCCCGCGGUUGCCCUUCUUCGAUGAAAGCGGAACCGUCGCUUCGUCGACCCUCACGCAGGGCGAGGGGGUGCCGGCGCAUCCGGUGGAGCGCAUGCGUUUGGAGGAACGGGAAGCAAGAGAACUCGAGGGUUUGGACUCGGGUGGCGAGCGGCGCGGAGACCCGCGAGAUCGCGGGCCUUUGGGGCCUCUAGACUCGCAGGCUGGCCCCGGCAGGCGCCAGGCGCGGGUCUCGGGCAGCGGGGGCACCUUGGCAGUCCCUUCUUUGAGGCCGUCUUUCGGGCGGGCCUCGGGGUUCGGCCGCACGCUGUACCCGCAGGGUAGCCAGGGCCGUUCGCUGUCGCCACUGCCGGCCUCGGCGUCGCGGGGCGUCUCUGGGGGCGUCGACCGCGAAAAGGGUCGGCGCCGUGGCGAGGCGACUCCCGCACCGGAGCCCCAGGACGACAUCGUCUCUGUGUUGCGUUCAUGUUCGCUGUUCCCGCUGACUAAGGCCCACAGGGAUGCGGUGGUGCAGCAGCGACUUCCAGAGCUGCCGCCCUUUCGAGUCCCUGCCGCCGGAUCCGCUGUCUCCGCGACUCCGGAGAGUGGCGCUUCGGCGCGCCCAGGUCCCAGCGGGCCCCGGAGCGGCCACGAGUGUCUGAUGACAGCGUUCGACCUCGACCACAUCUUGCGUAUGCACCUCGCUCAAAUGGCCAAACUUCCGCAGCUGCAGCGCUGCUCGGGCCGCUGGAACUUCCGCUUCCUCAUGCGGCACCACGGGGCCCUGGGCUCAGCACCUCACGCGGGCGCGGAUGGCGUGCCUAGCCAGAGGGGCGGGUCUCUGGCGGAGCGGGACUCCGGAGCCGGCGCGACGAUGCCGGAGCCGCCGUCUUCAGCGCUGGGCCUUGAAAAGGAGAUCAGUCGCGUGUUCAGGAGACAGCAGCAGGAGUUCGAACUCCUUCAGCAGCACCGCGCAGCGUGGGGCGGCGGUGCGAGUAGGCGGGACGCCGAAGGGCAGGAAGGCGACGAGUGGUGCCCGCCCGCGGCGCUCCCGCCCCAGUUUGGCCACGCGCAGGACUUUGGGAUCGGAGUCACGGUGUCGAGCUGUCGCAUGCAUCCGCUGCUGCUCGGGAGUCUGAGUUUCGCGGGCGCGACUGAGCUCCUCCAGCUCUACCUCGCGCCGUGUCUCCUGAGCGUCGGGGGGCCCACGGCGGCGCAGGGCGAGGGCCGGCGCCGCGUGGACGAGAAGGAGACCCUUGCUUUCGCGGCGUUAGAAGACGCAACUCGCGAUGGCGAAGAAGACCCGGACCGCGAGCUCUCGCACGCCGAGAAGGAGCAGCGGCGCCUCCAGAAAAAGUUCGGAAAGCAAACGUACUCGACAGUCAGACAGCCUCGAAACUGCAUCCACCUCGCACCCACCGGCGGGCAGCACUCGCUCGCGCAAAUUCUUCAGUCUCCUUCUCUCUGUGCGGUCCGCGACGAAAGCCCCGCGCGCGAGGAUGGAGAGAGAACCGGCACGGACCAGGAAGUCGAGGGUGACAGCGCCCGAGAGGCGUCGGCCAAGCUCGUGCGAGCGCUGGUUUUUGGCUCGGUGGCUCCUCAGAGGGACAGCGUUCCAGAGAAGCGAAGCGCACCUGCGACCGAAGAAGGCGAGAUCCUCUCUGCUUUUGCAGACGGCGUGCUGGCACGGCGAGUCGUUGAGGACGCGUUCGAUCUGUUGCUCGAGGCGGCGUCUCUUCACAGUGAAAUUCUGGAGUGCCCGGCAAGCCAUGUGGCUGCGCGCUCGCGUCUCCAAGACCAGCAGCAGCACCUGAUGCUGCAGUUGUUCGAGCUGGUGACUCUGCGCCACAACUUGGCUGCGGCGGAGAACAGCCCGCCGACUUCGGCUGUCGCGACACUGUACUUUCUCCCCUUUCUUCUCGACGCCCAUGUGCCUGCCUCGACCGUGGACGUGGCGGCCUACCACCGGCGCUAUGUGCAGCUGCAGCAGCUGCAGCUUGCCGAAAGCAGACAGCCGGAACUGCGUGCGCAGCUGGAGGAGGCGCGAGAGCUGUUGGCUGAGGAAGUCGAGAAAGGGCGCCAGGCCUCGCGCUGGAUGCUCUCGGGUCUCUACGAACUACCCAAGGGCCGGCAGCUCCUCGCGCGCGCCCUGCGGCUGUUUUCAGAUGUGCCUGCGGCUGCGCUUCUGCAAAUUCUCCUCGCGUCUCCGACCGUCCUCCCUUCUCUCUGUUCCGCUGUCGACCACGUGCUUCUCUUCGAGCGGAACGGAAGAAGGAAAGAAGGGAGAAGCGCCGACGGGAGACCCGCUGGCCAGAACUCGAUUGCGAACGUGCGGGCGAGCUCUGGGAGCGAUGGACGUACACCUGACUGGGUGGAGGACGCUAAGGGCGAGGAAAAGGGAGACCUGGAGGCGGAGAACGGUUUUCCGUCCUCUGUUUUGCUUAACGAGUUGCUACUGCUGCAGAAGGACGAAACGCAGCGGAGCACAGAACCUGCGGAUCAGUACCAACUCAUCCCCGUCCUCCUCAAGAAAAGCCAGGAAUCCGGCAUGGACGACGACAGCGCAAGCCCCGCGUGCGCCUUGUACAUACAUCUCAUUUCGCGGCUCCUCCACGUGGCGAACCAAAACGGGCAUUCACAAGCGGCAGCCAUCAGCGCCGCGUUCCUCGUCGGAGUUUACGAGCAAAUCGCGUGGGGCUGGAACAAGGAACAAGCUGCCGAGCUUCUUCAGUACAGGAGUGGCUGCUGCCUUCUCGCCCUUCUACUUGCGCUGCUUCCGCCGCCUUCGUCGUUGACGCCGUAUCAGGAGCGAACGGCAGUGGUGCCGUUUCUCACUCUGGCUGUCUCCGCGCUCGUGUUGGCUGUUCGUGAGACAGCAGAAGAAGAAAAGUCAGGAGGAAACAACGGAACAACGGAAGUCCUGCUUCCUCUCAUUCAAGCAGUCGUUCAACAGGCCCGCGCUGAUGAAUCCAGAGCGAAAGCAAUCACUGUGGCGGCCAUGAACCUCCUGGGAGUGGCGGGUGCGCAGGCGAUGCUGUCGUCUUUCCUUGCCGGAGCAGGUCCCUAAGUUUUUUCGUGUCUCGGUUUUCGGAACAUCACGGCUGCCUCUGUGACUUUCGCCGAAGUUGCCUCCAGCACCCGUUUUUUCUUUCUUUAUCGUUCGUUUUUCCGCUUUGUCCCGCCCUGCUCUUUGUCUCUGCGAUGAGCGUUUGCUUUUUCCGUGGCGCGCUCGACCUCGUGAGCCCAGAACGGCUUUCUGGAGAAGCACGACGGGCGGAAGCAUGGCGCUCAGGUGGUCUCCGUCUUCAGUCCUUGCUCUACGUGUUCUGUUAGCCUCCGGCGCUGCUGGGAGAGCCUAGACGAAAGAGUCUUGAGGACGAACAGUCGGGGAGCACGCACUGUGGUGUGGCUCUACAUAGCGUUUCUAGCCUCGUGCAUGCGUAUGCGGGGGUGUGGAGAUAGGACUGUCUCCAGAAACAAGGGGCGUCUCUUCGGCGCCUGUUUCUCGCUCAGCCGUAAUCAAACUUUGAGGCGUCGUUCUUUGUUGUCUCUCCUGUCUGGUGAAUGUAAUCGGAUUUUUUCGUGUUUUCUGCACUUACCGCCUCGCCACCUGAGGAAAGAGCUGCGUCUGUUUUGUGUCGUCUUCUUUGCUGUUCCUCGUUCGUCUCUCAAGUGGAGAAAGAAACAGUUAAAAUGAUGUAUUUCAGAAGCCUACGACACCAAGAUUAUCCUUUGCAUGGGAGAGAAGAAUUGAGGUAAAGCAGUGGUUUCUCUCGCUCUCCACACGUACACUAUCCACUCUGCUGUUAUUGCCUCUCUUGUCUCGAUGCACCUCACGCCACGUGAUCUCGAUGGG